CGGACUGACCGGAGCCCAGCUCACGCUUAGCUGGUUCUCCCGGAGAAUCCAGCCUCUUCGCUACAACGCGCGCCUGAUGUGCGCUUAUACCGGGGCGGACGAUCUUCUCCGGGUUACCCGCCAUGAUCUUCCGGCUGAUUCUCUGAAGAGAAGGAUCAAGACGCUGGUGAAGAUUCCGAGGGGCCAACAGGUCCCGGAACUUUUCAAAGAUAUGUACACGAACGAUCAGUGUCCUCCGCUCAACACUUUGGCGGAGGAAAACUUCCGCACCAUCAUUCGCGUCCCCGUCACCGGCGACACGGCGGAGGAGGCUCCGGAAGACGACGAGGAGGAAGAGGACCAGGCACCCCGCAAGGCGGCCCCUCGACCUACAAAGCGUCCCCGCGCCAAAGCUUCCGGCUCUGAAGCCGGAGCUAGCGGCGAGGCCUCCGCCAAGAAGCCGAAGACGACGAAACCACCUCCGCUUGACUCAAGGAAAGCGGAGCGUGCGCGUCUAAGGAUGCUCUCGACGGUUUGA